GAAGAAAGCAGUAGAGCUUAUAGAUAUGAAGAGACAGAAAGUAAUGGAUGGAUGAAGAUAGCAUCCUCAUUAGAACGAUGUGUAGAGAAGCUGGCAGAAACUAACAAAGAACAGAAUGAACUUAACAGACAGCUAGUAUCCUGCACUCAAUUACCCAAAUUAGAUGUUCCAGUAUUCGAUGGGGACCCUCUGAAGUACCCUUCAUGGAAACACGCAUUCACAGCUCUGAUCGACUCCAAUGUGUCCAAUGUAGAUUCUAAAUUAAGCUAUCUGAGAAAAUAUAUUGGAGAUGAUCCGAAGGGACCAAAGGCAUUGGUAGAACAUUAUUUACUGUUAGGAACAGAAGACGCCUAUCGUAAAGCUAUAGAAGACAGAUAUGGUUCAUUACCCGACCAAGAUGGAAGAGAGCACAGCAUGAUAGUUCCUGUUUGGAUUCGUCAUAGAGCAAACCCAUCAAAAGAAUUCCUGGAAUACUUGGUAGUAGAUGACCAAUCAAAUGUCGGCUUCGUUGGAGAUAAUGUAUGUGACAAACUUAACAUAACAGGCCCUGAAACCAAUCUUCGUCUAAGUACAAUGCAUGGAAGCAAUAAAGUCAUACACAGCAGGAAGAUUUAUGAUCUCGAAGUCUUAGAUUUCAAACGCGAACAUAUCAUUCAGCUACCAGGAUUGUUUACUCGCGAUUCAAUACCAGCCAGUCGAUCCCAGAUACCUAAACAAGAGGUCUUCAAACAAUGGAGCCACUUGAAAGAAGUAGCUGAUCAACUGAUGCCUUACAGCAAUUUUGUAUUCAAUACCAAAGUUAAAGAAAUUUUUGAUGGUGAAAGACUUCUAAGAAUCAUGGAGACAGACUUCACAGAUAUUUUGAGGAAACCUUAUUCCGUUGAAGAUGAAAAAUUUCUGAAGACUUUAGAAGAUGGUAUCAAGAAAAGACCUGAUGGACACUACGAAAUGCCUUUACCAUUAAAGUCUAGCAAUGUUUCACUCCCAAACAACUAUAAACUAGCCUUGAAGAGAUGGAAUCAGUUAACCGGAAGAUUUAGGAAGAAUCCUAAAUUCCUGGCUGAUUACCAAGCUUUCAUGAAAGAUCUAAUCGACAACUGUGCAGAAAGAGUACCCAGGGACAGAUUAAAUUCUACAGAGUCGAUCCGGAGUAGUAGAAGAUAG